GUACUUGUUAGUUUUGUUUUUAGAAUUUUCUGGAGUAUUUAUCUUGUCUACCACUUUCUGCAGUAACUGGUGACUCUCGUGGUUAUGCUUUUGUAGAAUAUGAGACCGAGAGAGAAAUGAACCGUGCCUAUGAGGAUGCUCACCAUUCCAUGAUUGACGACUCUGAAAUUAUAAUCGAUUAUAAUAGACAACAAUUAAUGCCUGGGUGGAUACCUAGAAGGUUAGGAGGGGGUCUUGGUGGAAAGAAAGAGUCAGGGCAACUUCGUUUUGGAGGACGUGAAAGACCAUUUCGAGCUCCUUUACGACCAAUCCCUUUUGAAGAUUUGAAGAGGCUUGGCAUUCCCCCUCCACCAGAAGGAAGAUAUAUGUCACGUUUUCAGGUCCCAUCACCACCUAGAAGACAAAGGAGGUCUAUAGAUAGGGAAGAUCACACGAGGGAAGAAUUCCAUCAUAAUAUUAGCCUUCCGGAGAGAGACGAUGGUCACCGCAACAAAAGCUAUAAAGAAAGGGAAUCAUACUCUGGCAAGGGGAGCAUUUCAGGAAUGGAGGAACAUCAUCACAAAACAAGAAUUAAGGAGCAGUUAGAGUCAUCUCGAGGAAGAAGCCCAAUUGAUAGGGAAGAGCACUCUCAUAAAAAGAGUCAUUUAGAGACGGAAGAGCAUUCUCGCCAAAAGAGCAGCAGGGACAAAGAAGAAGACUAUCAAAGAAGGAGCUCCCGGGAAAAGGAGGAACACUCGCACAAGCGUCGCAAGCAUAGCCAUCGCAGACAGAUGUGAGAGGUCCUCUGGCAUGAUCAUGCUUCUGUCGCUGAUUGACCUGAUCUCUACUACCAUGAUAUUAGACUGAGGACCUGGUUCUGUUAUCAGGAUGGGAAUCAUACUACUCUCUUUCUCAGUUUCGCAUCAUUUUGAACUUCAGUCUAUCACCUUUUAGUAAAAAUGGUUUAACCUUUUUUCUUACUUAGGAAGACGCCUGUUAUAAAGGCUGAUCAUAUUGUUAUAGGACAUUUCUGGUGUCUAUUACAAGGUUAUCAUCCAAACUAGUCCAUGCGAGACCACAAGGUCAGCCAUAUGAAUUCUUUUUUGUAGC